AUGUUCGAGAAAACUCUGACAGAUGUCGUCAAAGGCAUUCGGGCCUCGAGACGCGACACCAGUCUCUACAUCAGUCAAUGCAUUGCCGAGAUCAAGGCCGAAAUCAACUCGAGUGAUAUGUUUGUCAAGGCAAAUGCUCUUCAAAAACUGACCUUUCUGCAAAUGAUGGGAUACAACAUGAGCUGGGCGAGUUUUGCGUCGAUUGAAGUCAUGAGCUCACCGCGCUUUGCACACAAACGAAUUGGGUACCUCGCGGCUUGCCAAGGCUUCACGCAAGAUACCGACGUGAUUUUGCUGACAACCAACUUGCUCAAAAAAGAACUUCGCGGUGGAGUCUACGAGGCUGGAUUGGCCGUCAAUUGCAUAUCCAAUAUUGUCACGGAAGAUCUGGCCAGGGACCUCCUCCCAGAACUGACAGGCCUGACGUCUCAUCCACAGCCAUAUUUGAGAAAAAAGGCAAUUUUAUGUCUAUUCAAGGUCUUUGUCAAAUAUCCACAAGGACUCAGACUCACCUUUGCCAGAAUACAGCAAUGUCUUGAAGAUCCAAAUCCCUCAGUGGUCUCCUGUGCAGUCAAUGUCAUCACUGAACUCAGCGACAAAAACCCAAAAAAUUACCUCCCUCUGGCACCACAAUUCUUCAAGCUGCUCACCACUUCCAGUAAUAACUGGAUGUUGAUCAAAGUCGUCAAGCUAUUGGGGAGUUUGGUUCCUGAAGAGCCACGGCUCGCGCGAAAACUUUUGGAACCAUUGGCAGACAUUGUCAGAAACACAAAGGCCAAAAGUUUGCUUUUCGAAGCUGUACACACCAUUACAUUAUGCUUGCCGUAUUGCAAGAGAGCAGAUGGAAGCAUGCCCGCCAACGUGCCAGAAAUUGUCACUCUGUGUGCAGAAACGUUACAAGCGUUUGUCAACGAGGCCGAUCAAAAUCUCAAGUACUUGGGAUUGGUGGGGUUUGGAUCCUUGAUGCAGUCACACCCUCAGGUGCUCACCACUCCGGCAUAUCGGCCCAUCGUUCUGGCUUGUUUGUCAGACCAGGAUGUUACCAUCCGAACAAGGGCAUUGGGAUUGCUUUCAGGCAUGGCAUCACGCAGGAACCUCAUCGAACUAGUUACACAACUUUUGAAGCAUGUGGAACAGGCCACUGGCAGCUACAGAUACGAUCUCGUGUCCAAAAUCAUUGACAUGUGCUCCAGCGAAAAGUAUGCACUUCUGCCGGAUUUCUCAUGGUAUCUGAAUGUAUUGUUCCAGUUGGGUCACAUACAAGGCUUGGAAGCACAUGCUGAGCUUUUGAGUUCACAAAUAGCAGACGUUGCCUUGCGUGUGCUUCCAGUGCGACGCUACGCUGUUGGCCGUUCCAUUGAAAUACUGCUGGAAAGAAACGGUGUGCCGUCGUCUGACCCGUUCGGAGACAAUGGCGGUACAACCAACAUUAUGCCCGAGAUUUUGCCUGCCGUGGCAUGGAUUGUGGGAGAGUACUCGGAUCUUAUUCGAAUGUGCCUCGCGGAUGCUGAGGAAGGUCGCCUUCUGGAACGGUACAAGAAAAGCGCGUAUCAUUCGAUUGUCCAGGCGUGUACUGCCACAUCCAAUUGCGACAAACUAGCUGCGAGCACACAGGAAGUUUACCUACAAACGGCGAUAAAAGUGUUUGCAGCCGCCACAGCAGAUCCACAAGCACCGGAAGAAGAACUAGAGGAUACAUACAAAACCCUUCGACAAAACUUGCCAUUGUACUUGCGCAGCACGGACGUCGAAGUACAGGAAAGGGCUUUCACCUCGCAUGCACUUCUCGUUUCCCUUGGCCUGACCGGUGGUGGUGGUGGUGCUAUGGCAGCUCUUCCAGUAGUAAACCAGACCAGUGAUCUGCUGGGAAUGAACUCGACCGAGGCCGAUAUCACUCCGAUACAACCAGACCCUCCUCUAACAGGACGCUCGCCUGGUUAUCGUAACGCCGCCUCUGUAUUGAAUUACACAACAAAGCCAGGGCCAAUGAAACCAUCAAGCGCCCGAUCGCAAAAGAAGAAAUCUCAAUCACCCAUCGGCGUUGACGUGAGUGAUAUUGCUUCGGUCGAUAUUUCGGUGUUCUCCUCCUUGCUGGAUGGAGUUUCGCGUUUCACACCAAUGGAAGUGUCGUUCACCAAACAAAAAGAAACAUUGCUAUCCGAAGGAAGGCCACCACCAGCGCGGGCGAUUCCAGGGGAGUCGAUGCAAGUGUUCGACAAUUCCAGAUUUUCUGGUGGCGCUGAUAGUGCUGGAUUCGGGGCCGUGUCGAAUGUUGCGGCGACGGCAGGUGGCUCGCCAAUGCGCCAUAACGAUCCAUUCUAUCUGCGCACGAACGACACCACCACAACGGAGACUCAAGACAUUGGCCAAUUUGGAAUGAUCGAACUCACUGGCGUUGACGGGGAAGAAACCCACAACGAGAAAAGCAAAAAGAAGAAGAAAAAGAAGAAACAAAGCAAGAGUGAUCAUCAGAAUACUAUCGCGGUGGGUGGAUUCGGAGUGGCUGUGUAUGACAGCGACGAAGAAGGCGAGGAGCUGACAGUUGGGCGCCAGGCUAAGAAGCCUGGCAAAGAAUUUGCAAGUCUUGCCCGUGUCGACCUAUCGGAGCCUUUGAGACACGACGAAGUCAUGCCAGAACGUAAACAUAGGACUGUACCUGAUAAUCCACCGAGUGAGAGGGCAAGCAAAAAAGAAAAGAAAACCAAGAAAGAGAAGAAAAAGAGGAAAAAGGAAAAAGCAGAGGAGGCCCCGGCAGCGUCGGGUGGUAUCGAAGGCGACCUUCUCGGCCUCGGGUUCGAGAGCCCCAUGCCGGUCCAGUCCAAUCCUCCCAUGCAAACAAUGCCACAAAGCAACUUCAUGGCUCCAGCGCAGGCUCAACCUCCUCCCGUGGCCAGCAGCAACGCCGUCAGCGACGCCUUUGAGGACCUUCUCGGUUUGCAACCAACGACAGCCCCGCCACAGCUGCCAACCCCAGCUUCGCAACCCACCUCCUUCGCACCUGCAAACUACGGCCAACCGUUUCCAGUAAUGGGCAUGAACACAGCUCAAGCAGCCCCUAAACCGUCCAAAAAGGAGAAGAAAUCAAAGAAGGAGAAGAAGAAAAAGAAGAGUAAGGCUUAA